AUGAGCUUCGCCGCAAACUCGGUUUUCUUCACCCUGAAGGUGAGCGUCCUGCUGGGGUCGCUGCUGGGGCUCUGCCUGGGCCUCGAGUUCAUGGGCCUCCCCAACCAGUGGGCCCGCUACCUCCGCUGGGAUGCCAGCACCCGCAGCGACCUGAGCUUCCAGUUCAAGACCAAUGUGUCCACGGGGCUGCUCCUUUAUCUGGACGACGGUGGCGUCUGUGACUUCCUCUGCCUUUCCCUGGUGGAUGGCCGUGUGCAGCUCCGCUUCAGCAUGGACUGUGCGGAGACCACGGUGCUGUCCAGCAAGCAGGUGAACGACAGCAGCUGGCACUUCCUCAUGGUGAGCCGCGACCACCUGCGCACAGUGCUGGUGCUUGACGGCGAGGGCCAGGCGGCCGAGCUGCAGCCUCAGCGGCCCUACAUGGAUGUGGUCAGUGACUUGUUCCUUGGCGGAGUCCCCGCGGACAUACGACCUUCUGCCCUGACCCUUGAUGGAGUACAGGCCAUGCCCGGCUUCAGAGGAUUAAUCCUGGAUCUCAAGUAUGGCAACUCAGAGCCUCGGCUUCUGGGGAGCCAGGGUGUCCAGUUGGAUGCCGAGGGACCCUGCGGUGAGCGUCCCUGUGAAAAUGGGGGGAUCUGCUUUCUCCUGGAUGGCCACCCCACCUGCGACUGUUCCACCACUGGCUAUGGAGGCAAGCUCUGCUCGGAAGAUGUCAGUCAAGGUCCAGGCCUCUCCCACCUCAUGAUGAGCGAACAAGCCCGAGAGGAGAAUGUGGCCACUUUCCGAGGCUCCGAGUACCUGUGCUACGACCUGUCUCAGAACCCGAUCCAGAGCAGCAGUGAUGAAAUCACCCUCUCCUUUAAGACCUGGCAGCGGAACGGGCUCAUCCUGCACACGGGCAAGUCGGCUGACUAUGUCAACCUGGCUCUGAAGGAUGGCGCGGUCUCCUUGGUCAUUAACCUGGGGUCCGGGGCCUUUGAGGCCAUCGUGGAGCCAGUGAAUGGAAAAUUCAACGACAACGCCUGGCAUGAUGUCAAAGUCACGCGUAACCUCCGGCAGGUGACAAUCUCUGUGGAUGGCAUCCUUACCACGACGGGCUACACUCAAGAGGACUACACCAUGCUGGGCUCGGACGACUUCUUCUACGUGGGAGGAAGCCCAAGUACCGCUGACUUGCCAGGCUCACCUGUCAGCAACAACUUCAUGGGCUGCCUUAAAGAGGUUGUUUAUAAGAAUAAUGACAUCCGUCUGGAGCUGUCUCGCCUGGCCCGGAUCGGGGACACCAAGAUGAAAAUCUAUGGUGAAGUUGUAUUCAAGUGUGAGAAUGUGGCCACACUGGACCCCAUCAACUUCGAGACCCCAGAGGCGUACAUCAGUUUGCCCAAAUGGAACACCAAACGCAUGGGUUCCAUCUCCUUUGACUUCCGCACCACUGAGCCCAAUGGCCUGAUCCUUUUCACUCACGGCAAGCCCCAAGAGAGGAAGGAUACUCGGAGCCAGAAGAACACCAAGGUGGACUUCUUUGCUGUGGAACUUCUCGAUGGCAACUUAUACUUGUUGCUUGACAUGGGCUCAGGCACCAUCAAAGUGAAGGCCACUCAGAAGAAAGCCAACGAUGGGGAAUGGUACCACGUGGACAUUCAGCGAGAUGGCAGAUCAGGUACCAUAUCAGUGAACAGCAGGCGCACGCCAUUCACCGCCAGUGGGGAGAGCGAGAUCCUGGACCUGGAGGGCGACAUGUAUCUGGGCGGGCUGCCGGAGAACCGUGCUGGCCUCAUCCUCCCCACUGAGCUCUGGACCGCCAUGCUCAACUACGGCUACGUGGGCUGCAUCCGUGACCUGUUCAUCGACGGGCGCAGCAAGAACAUCCGGCAGCUGGCGGAGAUGCAGAACGCUGCGGGCGUCAAGUCCUCCUGUUCGCGGAUGAGCGCCAAGCAGUGUGACAGCUACCCCUGCAAGAACAACGCUGUGUGCAAGGACGGCUGGAACCGCUUCAUCUGUGACUGCACGGGCACUGGCUACUGGGGAAGGACCUGUGAAAGGGAGGCGUCCAUCUUGAGCUAUGAUGGCAGCAUGUACAUGAAGAUCAUCAUGCCCAUGGUCAUGCACACCGAGGCAGAGGAUGUGUCUUUCCGCUUCAUGUCCCAGCGAGCUUAUGGACUGCUGGUGGCUACUACAUCUAGGGACUCUGCGGACACCCUGCGCUUGGAGCUGGAUGGGGGGCGUGUCAAGCUCAUGGUUAACUUAGACUGUAUCAGGAUAAACUGUAACUCCAGCAAAGGACCUGAGACCCUGUACGCGGGGCAGAAGCUCAAUGACAAUGAAUGGCACACCGUCCGGGUGGUGCGGAGAGGAAAAAGCCUUAAGUUAACCGUGGAUGAUGAUGUGGCUGAGGGUACAAUGGUGGGGGACCAUACCCGCUUGGAAUUCCAUAAUAUCGAGACCGGAAUCAUGACAGAGAAACGUUACAUCUCCGUUGUCCCAUCCAGUUUCAUUGGCCACUUGCAGAGCCUCAUGUUCAAUGGCCUCCUCUACAUUGACCUGUGCAAAAAUGGUGACAUCGAUUACUGCGAACUGAAGGCUCGUUUUGGACUGAGGAACAUUAUCGCUGACCCCGUCACCUUCAAGACCAAGAGCAGCUACCUGAGCCUGGCCACCCUCCAGGCCUACACCUCCAUGCACCUCUUCUUCCAGUUCAAGACCACCUCAGCUGAUGGCUUCAUUCUCUUCAACAGUGGUGAUGGCAAUGACUUCAUUGCGGUUGAAUUGGUCAAGGGGUACAUACACUACGUGUUUGACCUUGGGAAUGGUCCCAACGUGAUCAAAGGCAACAGUGACCGCCCCCUGAAUGACAACCAGUGGCACAAUGUCGUCAUCACCCGGGACCACAGUAACACCCAUAGCUUGAAAGUGGACACUAAAGUGGUCACUCAAGUUAUCAAUGGGGCCAAAAACCUGGAUUUGAAAGGUGACCUCUACAUGGCGGGUCUGGCCCAAGGCAUGUACAGUAACCUUCCAAAGCUGGUGGCUUCCCGGGAUGGCUUUCAGGGCUGUCUGGCAUCAGUGGAUUUGAAUGGGCGCCUGCCAGACCUCAUCAACGAUGCCCUCCAUCGGAGUGGACAGAUCGAGCGUGGCUGUGAAGGACCAAGUACUACCUGCCAGGAAGAUUCAUGUGCCAACCAGGGGGUCUGCAUGCAGCAGUGGGAAGGCUUCACUUGUGACUGCUCCAUGACGUCAUAUUCUGGAAACCAGUGCAAUGAUCCUGGCGCUACGUACAUCUUUGGGAAAAGCGGAGGCCUCAUCCUCUACACCUGGCCGGCCAACGAUCGGCCCAGCACACGCUCUGACCGCCUCGCCGUGGGCUUCAGCACCACCGUGAAGGAUGGCAUCUUGGUGCGCAUCGACAGUGCUCCGGGCCUCGGUGACUUCCUCCAGCUUCACAUAGAACAGGGGAAAAUCGGAGUUGUCUUCAAUAUUGGCACAGUUGACAUCUCUAUCAAGGAGGAGAGAACUCCCGUCAAUGAUGGUAAAUAUCAUGUGGUGCGCUUCACCAGGAACGGCGGCAAUGCCACACUCCAGGUGGACAACUGGCCAGUGAAUGAGCAUUAUCCCACAGGCAACACUGAUAAUGAACGCUUCCAAAUGGUAAAACAGAAAAUCCCCUUCAAAUAUAACCGGCCCGUAGAGGAGUGGCUGCAGGAAAAAGGCCGGCAGUUAACCAUCUUCAACACCCAGGCGCAAAUAGCCAUCGGUGGAAAAGACAAAGGACGUCUCUUCCAAGGCCAGCUCUCUGGGCUCUAUUAUGAUGGUUUGAAAGUACUGAACAUGGCAGCUGAGAACAACCCCAAUAUUAAAAUCAAUGGAAGUGUCCGGCUGGUGGGAGAAGUCCCGUCAAUCUUGGGAACAACACAGACAACCUCCAUGCCACCAGAAAUGUCUACCACUGUCAUGGAAACCACCACUACAAUGGCUACUACCACAACCCGCAAAAAUCGCUCUACAGCAAGCAUUCAGCCAACAUCAGAUGACCUUGUUUCAUCUGCUGAAUGUUCAAGCGAUGAUGAAGACUUCGUUGAAUGUGAGCCGAGUACAGAUAAGAGUCUUUCCACUUCAAUCUUCGAAGGUGGCUACAAAGCACAUGCGCCCAAGUGGGAAUCCAAGGACUUUAGACCUAACAAAGUCUCCGAAACUAGUAGGACUACUACCACAUCUUUGUCCCCUGAGCUGAUCCGCUUCACAGCUUCCUCCUCGUCUGGGAUGGUGCCCAAAUUGCCAGCUGGCAAAAUGAAUAACCGUGAUCUCAAACCCCAGCCUGAUAUAGUCUUGCUUCCGUUGCCCACUGCCUAUGAGCUAGACAGCACCAAACUGAAGAGCCCACUAAUUACUUCCCCCAUGUUCCGUAAUGUGCCCACAGCAAACCCCACGGAGCCGGGAGUCAGACGGGUUCCGGGGGCCUCAGAGGUGAUCCGGGAGUCGAGCAGUACAACAGGGAUGGUCGUCGGCAUUGUGGCUGCCGCUGCCCUCUGCAUCUUGAUCCUCCUGUACGCCAUGUACAAGUACAGGAACAGGGACGAGGGGUCCUACCAAGUGGACGAGACGCGGAACUACAUCAGCAACUCGGCCCAGAGCAACGGCACGCUCAUCAAGGAGAAGCAGCAGAGCGCCAAGAGCGGCCACAAGAAGCAGAAAAACAAGGACAAGGAGUAUUAUGUGUAAAAACGACGCCGCUAAUAAUCACGUGAAUUUGGGACACAGAAUUAUUUCUCUGUAAAUCUAUAAAUACUCGGCAAAUGAGAUUUCACAGGAGUCAGAACAGUUAUUGCUACAAGAUGGGGUGCACCAUGACUAUGGUGGGGAAAACCGUUUUUAAAAGGACACACACAAAGAUGUACCUACCUGUAAAGUUCCGCCAUGGCUGCUUUGAUUCAGUCAUCGCUCGGAGACAGAACAUUCUCUCUGCCCUGCUGUAUCAUAAAGCACACACGUUGCGCUCUGGAGCAAGCAGAUGGCUCCUCCCACUUCCGCGGACUUGGAAGCUUCCUUCUCUGGAGGACUUUUCACCCAAGGUAGAAGACUUUCAUGGCUUACUUGUUCCAUAACUCCAAGUGAGUCUGUAAUGAUGUUUGUGAAGCUUGACUGUAACAAUGUUUUCUUUUUUCUUUUAAUUAUGUAAAAAACAAAAACAAAAAAAAA